CCUAUGGAGAGACACAACCUCACUUUCGUCCUCCGCAAACAACAACAAUCUCCUCCUAUGAGAGUAAAUUCCACUUUCCCAGCUGCGGAAACGCUCGGAACCAAAAAGCGUAGGACACUAGUUCUCCGCCGAGCUCUUCUCGAAGAAGGACCAGCCUCCAGGCGGCGUUGCCUUGGAGACAGAGCGCGCUGUGUAGAUGUGGCGAUGUGCUGAGGCACGGCCUUUGCUGUCUAUCUGCAGAAGGGUCUCACAGGACCGACGCCAAGAUGAUGCUUUCAAGGGCCAAACCUGCUGUAGGCGGGGAAUCUCAGCACACCGAAGAAAGGAAGAAAAAAGGUAGGAAGAUUCCAGACCUAGAGGAUCUACUUUCACAAAGAGAUUUCACAGGCGCUAUUACCCUACUGGAGUUCAAACGCCAUGUUGGGGAACAAGAAGAAGACACUAAUUUGUGGAUUGGAUACUGCGCUUUUCACCUGGGUGAUUACAAGAGAGCUUUGGAGGAAUAUGAAAAUGCAACAAAGGAAGAAAAUUGCAACCCUGAAGUCUGGGUGAACCUAGCCUGCACCUACUUUUUUCUUGGGAUGUAUAAACAAGCUGAAACAGCUGGAUUUAAAGCUCCAAAAAGCCGGCUCCAAAAUCGCCUGCUGUUCCACUUGGCUCACAAGUUUAAUGAUGAGAAAAAAUUGAUGAACUUUCAUCAGAAUCUUCAGGAUAUCAAAGAAGACCAACUCAGUUUGGCCUCAAUCCACUAUAUGAGAUCUCAUUACCAAGAAGCCAUUGAUAUAUAUAAACGGAUACUGCUGGAUAACAGGGAAUAUCUUGCCCUCAAUGUGUAUGUGGCCCUCUGCUACUACAAACUGGACUACCAUGAUGUGUCUCAAGAAGUUCUGGCUGUUUACCUUCAGCAAAUUCCUGAUAGCACCAUCGCACUCAAUCUUAAGGCUUGCAAUCAUUUUCGCCUUUACAAUGGCAAAGCAGCUGAGGCAGAACUCAAAAGCUUGAUGGACAAUGCCUCUUCACCCUUUGAAUUUGCUAAAGAACUCAUCAGGCACAAUCUGGUGGUUUUCCGAGGAGGCGAAGGGGCUUUGCAGGUUUUGCCUCCUCUGGUUGAUGUUAUUCCUGAAGCGAGGCUAAACCUAGUGAUUUACUACCUUCGUCAAGAUGAUGUACAGGAAGCUUAUAAUUUAAUUAAGGAUCUGGAACCUACCACACCCCAGGAGUAUAUUCUCAAGGGAGUUGUCAAUGCAGCCCUUGGCCAGGAAAUGGGUUCGAGGGAUCAUAUGAAAAUUGCCCAGCAGUUCUUCCAAUUGGUAGGAGGUUCAGCUAGUGAAUGUGAUACAAUCCCAGGGAGGCAGUGCAUGGCAUCCUGUUUCUUCCUGCUGAAGCAAUUUGAUGAUGUCUUGAUAUACCUCAACUCAUUUAAGAGUUACUUCUAUAAUGAUGACAUCUUUAACUUUAAUUAUGCCCAAGCCAAAGCUGCAACAGGCAAUACCAGUGAGGGUGAGGAGGUGUUCCUCUUGAUCCAAAGUGAGAAGUUGAAAAAUGAUUACAUUUACCUCAGUUGGUUAGCUCGGUGCUAUAUCAUGAAUAAGAAACCAAGAUUAGCUUGGGAACUUUAUCUCAAGAUGGAAACCUCUGGUGAGUCCUUCAGUCUCCUACAGCUCAUUGCUAAUGACUGUUACAAGAUGGGCCAGUUCUACUAUUCAGCCAAAGCUUUUGAUGUCCUAGAGAGGCUGGAUCCCAACCCUGAGUACUGGGAAGGCAAGCGUGGUGCCUGCGUGGGCAUUUUCCAGAUGAUAUUAGCUAGGAAAGAACCCAAAGAGACUCUCCGAGAAGUGCUCCAUUUGCUGAGAAGCACAGGAAACACCCAAGUAGAGUACAUCAUCCGAAUCAUGAAGAAAUGGGCCAAAGAAAACAGAGUGCCCAUCUAAAAUAGCCAGAGAGCCCUAAUCCUAAGGACUAGCUUCCACACCAGAACAAUGGCAGAAAUCAUUUUCCCCCAGUUGAAUAUAAGACACAGGACUCUGUCUGAUUGACAUUUCCUCCCUCGCUCUUCAAGCCUCAAGAUGAGUGACUGACUUGCGUGGACCUAGCCAUCUGGCUGAACAAAGUUCUGUAGUCCCUGCUGUGGCCACUGUGUGAUCCAACUGGCAAAAUCACUUUGGACUUACCUGGUGCCUUUCUUCCAAAAUUACUCCAAGUAUUUUUAUGUCAUUUGCUGGCUUUAAGGAGAACAUGAUAGCUUUUUCUCUUUUCAUGUUGGCAUUUCAUCACCUUUUCUCCCCACUGCAGUAACAAGUAUCAUGAUGCUAAAGAAUAACCCUCAUUUUCCCAUCUUCUGUCAUCUCUGUACAUUAUCCCAUUCCAUAAAGGAUACAUCUCUGAAUCUUGGGAGGAUAGAGGUCUUAACAAGCUGUGUGAUUCUAAGGAUGGCAGUAAGAUCCUCUAUCAAACUGUCCAGUCAUUAAUAUAUCAUAGGCUUAUGGGAUUACUCUUUGAGUAAUUGAAUUACUGCUGAUAACAUGUUGCAAUGUAAUAAGUUGAGUGCUGCAGGUCUUUAAAAGGUGAGUACUGUCAAAACAUGGUGUCCCUAUAAUCGUAUCACUUCUCCAUCAUAUUUUAGGUAACAAAGCAAGGUAAGUUUUUUCUUAAUGUGUCUGCUGAAUAAGCAUCAAUUUUUGAACAUAGGGCUGCAAAGGUUUUAUAUAUGCCUUGAAACAUAUACACAUGUUUAUAUUCUAUACAUACAUGCACAUACAGUAGGUAUUUACUGAUGUAAUGAUUAUAAACCUUGGAUUGUGUAGGGUCUUUUGAAGGACCUAACAGGUAGACUUUCAUCAUGUUUCUGAGCGCUCACAACAUAAACCUCUUCUAUAACUGAGCAUUCUCAGGCUCACAUCCUAUUUUUCAGAAAAUACACUGAAAUCUUUUUAUAUAUUAGAUUACCUUUGAUCCUACACCAUAUACAUUUUUCUAUAAGUUUAAGGUAUACAGUGUUACAAGUCUAGAACAUGCAGAGCCAUUCUUGUAGAACAGAGAAUGAACAGGGAAAGAACUGAAAGAAUUUCUAGAAUUACUGCAUUAGUUCUUCCUCUUGUCCCCAGCCUCCCACUGGAUAAAGUUGUACAGAAGCUGGGAACUGGCCAGAGAAAAAGCAGCCUAGGAGAGAGAAGACCGGUGGCUGCGCAGGACCCUUCACCUUUGGUCAAUUGCAAGGGGUUCUUGAGCUCUGCUUGGAAGGUAGACAGUGUACCAUCUUUUACAUUAGGCUCAGAUCUGACUGGUCCAGAACACAAAUCACAGUAAAUGGGCCCAAUAACCAAACUCUAGUAAAAAAAGGUGGUUUCCUCAUGCCAAAGCUUCCCGUUUCCUCACUCUGUUGUUCCUAUGUUUUUAAUAAUAGCUGCUUCUCAGUGUCCAAGGGACCAGGUGGGUCAGAUAUAGGCAGAACUUGCUAUGAGUUUGUGAAUCAUCCUUGUAAAAUUUACCUUGCUUAAAGUACAGCAAAGCAGAGCAGUCAGAAGACAGAUAAAUUCCUCUGUAGCCUUUGGCAGGAAAAUCUGUCUUCCAGUGACUUACUCAUUAAAAAUUCCUUAAACCUGAAAUUUUUUUCAUUCAUGAUUUCAUUUAAAUGAGCUUUUGUUGAACUUAACAUUCAUGAUUCUCUCUGAUGCCUAUCUUUGGGGGUAGGGGGUGGGAGGUGGCUAAUUCCCAAAACAGAAUUUUAGAUUAAUAUUUUAAAAGUUUUUAAUCUACAAGUUGAGUCAGAAACAAGAAGCCUAGUUUAAAGAGAAGUACAUCAAGUUCUGUUAUUAAGGAUAGUUGUUUCUAGCUGGGCAUGAUGGUGCACACCUUUAAUCCCAGCACUUGGGAGGCAGAUGCAGGUGGAUCUCUGUGAGUUUGAGGUCAGCCUGGUCUAUAUAGCGAGUUCCAGAUCAGCUGGGACUACAGGGAGACCCUGUCUCAAAAAGACCCCCCCCCACACCAAAAAAAGGAUAGUUGCUUCUGAAAUAUCGUGACAAGUUUUCAGGCUUGGCCUCGUGGCUGUUCUCACAGGUGAUGGUCCAGGGGAAGAAGGCCCAGGCUUGGGGAUGAUGUGUACUGUGUACAGUCUACAGCAUCAAUGUACUCUUUAAAGUCUGAAGCAUAUGUUACUUAUAAAUGGAAAAAAAUAACUUUUACAAUUAUUUUUGUACCUCAAAAGAAUGAUUAUAUACCAUU